AUAAACUAGAAGCUCUUGGUCAGGGCCCGCGGAAAUGGGCGAGCAUAAUCUCCUUAAUCCCGGGUUUGUGGGACCUUUGGUGAACAUCCACACGGGAGACACCUUCUACUUCCCCAAUUUCCGGGCUUCCGGAGGACAGCUGCCCGGCUUGCCGUCUCUUUCCUACCCAAGGAGGGACAAUGUUUGCUCCUUGCCUUGGGCAUCUUCUGAACCCUGCAACGGAUAUCCCCAGCCCUACCUUAGCAGCCCGGUGUCUAUUAACCCUUCCUUCAGCAGAGCGUGCGAUCUAGCCCGGGUGGAGGAGAGCAAAUGUUACUACAGGGAAGCGUGCUCCGAGACUUCCAGCCUCAAGAGGGAGGAGAGGGUCAGAGACAAUACUUUGAUGCCACUCGAAGCGGGGAUUCCCAAUGGGAUGAGCGGCACUUUCAGCAAAUAUGACUAUCCGGCCGCUGAGACGGUGCCCCACGAUCCUCCUUCUUGUCAGUCCUUGGAGUCAGACUCCAGCUCUUCCUUACUCAAUGAAGGGAAUAAGGGUACCUCCAGCGAAGCAGCGACCAUGGUGUCCCCCAUCAACCAAGGAAGCAACCUCUCUACUGGUGGUGCACCCUGGUACCCGAUGCACACAAGGUCUCGGAAAAAGCGAAAACCCUAUUCCAAGCUGCAACUCGCAGAGCUGGAAGGGGAGUUUAUGGUCAACGAAUUCAUUACUCGCCAAAGAAGGAGAGAGCUCUCAGACCGAUUAAACCUGAGUGACCAGCAGGUGAAGAUCUGGUUUCAGAACCGACGCAUGAAAAAGAAAAGACUCCUUCUAAGAGAGCAAGCUCUUUCUUUCUUUUAAAGUUCAAGCAGAGUCCGUGUUGGGCCACCACAUUGACACUCUAGCGUCUACUCUAAGCUGAUGGUCCCGGCACUUGACCUGACCGCUCCUCAUUUUCUUUUUUUCCUUAAAAAAAAAUUAGAAAGAAAGAAAGAAAAUCAGUUUUCUUUGAGAAAAAAAGAUAAGAAUAAAAAAAAAAAGCCCAACAGCGAGCAGAGAGAAGCUGAGAAAAUGCAUCUCCGACACUGGAACUGUUGGGAAAACAGCCAAUGUGAAUCCGCAAAGAAAAAGAAAAAGAAAAAGAAAAAGAAAAAAAAAGGCAGCUUUUCCAUCAACCACCUUGGGUUCCUAUGGUUCAAAAGAGUCUCAGCAGCGUUGACUAUAAUCUGAGUGUGAGGUUGAGUCAAGGUAUGAGAUCUUUCCAAGCAAUAGGGUCCGUUGGGUUGUGUGCUGUAUU